CUAACACUUUGCUCUCUCCACAGGGCUAGGCUGCUGGCACAAACCUCCCCUUCUAAUUUUCUGUUCCGACUUCCAAUGCCCAAGUCAAGCAACCAUGGCUCACCUUCCUCUGCAACUCAAACCACCAAAACGUCAUCAUCAUGGCCCUUAAACAUUCUCUUCUUCACCGUACUGGUUCCUGUGGCAGCGGCUAUACUCCUCUACCAGCUCGACUCGUUCGACCCCGCUCCUUACCCGCUUCACGAGCUGAGCCACCUAGUCACUUCUGCUCCGAGGCGUAAUGCUCAGAUGCUCAAAGGGUCGGAGUUUCUGGGGGUCGGGGCAUUAGAGGGACCGGAAGACGUUGCUUAUGAUUCGAAGUCGGGGGUGAUAUACACGGGAUGUGCGGACGGGUGGAUCAAGCGGGUCAAGUUGAACGAGUCGGCUGCUGACUCGGUGGUGGAGAACUGGGUUAACACCGGCGGGAGACCAUUUGGACUCGCCCAUGAACACGGCGGAAAGCUUCUGGUGGCUGAUGGGGAAAAGGGACUACUGAGAAUCGAUGAGAAUGGAGCAGUGGAGCUGCUGACAGACGAGUCAGAGGGUGUAAAAUUCAAGCUAACAGAUUGUGUAGAUGUAGCCAAAGAUGGUAUGAUUUACUUCACAGAUGCUUCAUAUAAACACCGCGCAGAAAACACCUAUUGGGAUUAUCUAGAGGGCAGACCCCAUGGUAGGUUAUUGAGCUACAAUCCAUUUACCAAAGAGACCAAAGUGCUCGUCCACGACCUCUACUUUGCUAAUGGAGUAGCAAUCUCUCCAGAUCAGAAUUACUUGAUCUUCUGCGAAACUUUGAUGGUUAGAUGUAGGAAGUAUUACCUGCAAGGUGAGAAGAAAGGAAGCAUAGAGAACUUCAUUGACAACUUGCCGGGCUCUCCGGAUAACAUACGAUAUGAUGGGGAAGGACAUUACUGGAUCGCUCUAGCUAUGGGGACUUCAUCUAUUACCAAGUUAACAUUUAGGUACCCGUUUGUUCGAAAAGUGCUGGCAAUAAUGGAGAAGUAUAAACUGAGCAGUCCAUAUAAGGAGAAGAAUUCCGGUGUAAUCGCUGUGAAUUUGGACGGAGAACCUACUGCUCACUAUUCUGAUCCAGCUUUGUCACUCAUUACAAGUGGGAUCAAGAUCGGAAACUACCUCUACUGCGGUUCUGUUCUGUAUCCGUACAUUAUCCGGCUUGAUAUUGAAGAACACCCUGCUCAUAUCACUACAUGAGCUAGCUUCAAUGACAGAAAUCAGUUUCA